AGCAACAUUGGAAGCUGUUAUUUCAGAUUCUAAACUGAAGUGCACAUAACAUCCAUUAUGGUGGAAUGACUUCAAGUACAUAAGUUCCUAGGCAUUGAGGAUGAAGGGAGGUUUAAAGGUGCCACGGAUCUCUCUCAUCCUUGUUGGAUUUGUCUGUGCCACUGUUAUUACUUUUGCAUAUGUGAAAAGCCCUUUUCUCUCUUAUUGGACACCAUCUCAAGAUCAUGUCUUCCAGAUUUCUCCAGAUUUUAAAGUGAAAGAUGAAGAAGUUUUAAGAGAGAGAAAUAGGGUAGAGAAAUCAGAAGAAAACAUGAAAUUUAAAUCCGCCAUUUCAAACUCUUUUAUGAAGGAUAACGUGACUGAAGAACUGAUUACCAAUACUGAAAUAGAAGGAAAUGCCGGUAUUCCUGCCAAAGUUCCUCAAAAAGGAGAAGAUUUAAAAGCUUUGGAAUUAAAAAAUAGUUCAAGAGAUCAGGAAAAUGAAGUCACUGCUCCAGUGAAUUCGGCAGGCGGUGCUGCGGAAAAUAUGAUAUCUACCUUAAAAAAUCAUGGUGAUUAUCAUUCUAUUUGAUUAUUUGUUUGCUUCUCUUUGAUGUCAUUUGAGGGAUGGCCUUGGCUCAGCGGUAAGCUUGCUUACCGUGGUGUGCCAGGGUCGGGGGUUCGAAACGCCCCUCCAGCGAAGCUGGGGUGAGGGCGCGUAGGUCAGGCCCGGAGUGGUCCCCCCCCUCCCCGACACCUACGGAGUAGGUAUGAACCGGUUCGUCCCUUUUCUCUUUGAUGUCAUUUAGCUGUAGAAUUUAUCUUAAACCCCCACCGAGGACAUGACCCUAGAUAGGAAGGUCUGGAAGACGCGAAUUACGGCAGAAGAGUAGGGCCAGAUUGGGUCGCUAGUGUAG